AUGGAUCUCCAGUUCGAUGCCACUGCCGACGAUAACGUGCCCCCUAUCCCAAACCGCCACCAUAUCCACGUUUCUCAGAGAGAAGCCCGCGAUCUACAGCCUCGCCCUUCUCGCAAUUCUCGUCGACAAUCGCCCCAGCGCACCGCGCGCCCAGUCAUCCCUCCCGCCUCUCCCGAGGUAAUAUCCAACCUCAUCACCAGCCUCAGCGCCAUCUCACAACCCACCAGCAGCCACUUUGAAUCGCAUCCAGCCGCCGUCAACUUCGCCUUGCCCACGAGUCCCGUCAGCCCCAGCUCUGGCAGCUUUGGCGUCGAUUACGGUGCCUAUACUCGCUCCGAGCCCGAGGAACCUACUCAAGACCCUACGUCACUUGACAACCUAGCAGCGAGUCCCCCUAUUGUUCGCACCUCGAAGCCAACCAGCGGAUAUUCGCCAUUGACGGGUCCCAAGAGCCCCUCGACCCGGAGUACCAGCCGCGAGAGCGGAUCUGGUCUUCGUUCAUUUAUUCGCAGCAACAGCGUGGCCUCGCGUCCAUCCUCCCCGGCGUCCGCUACAUCCAAGAAUGACGAUACUCACAGCAUAGGCAACCUGUCCAUAGAACGUGGAUCCGCGCCAACCCCGGAGCUGAAACACCAUCGAUCGCACGACAGCUGGGGAAAAAAGACCGGCCGGAGCACAAAGGGACUGAUGUACAUGAGCUCCAAGGAGCGUCUCCGUGAAAGAGAAUUCGAAAGAAAACGAUUGCCAAGGAGGUCCGGCAGUCAAAGCGAAUCCGGCAGAGGGACCCCUAACAGCACCAUGAACAACGGGGCCCGACCAGACCCUUCCCUCGCCGAGACAGUCAUCAACGAAGAGCCUGGCUCUCAUAGUGACAGCCCGGGACUGAAUGAGCCAAAGAAGUUAGAUAGCCCGCAGCCUAUUCCCGCGCGAGACUCGAGCCUAAGAAAGUCACGAACUCAUCAAAAACGCACGAGCGCACGUCGGUCCAAACGAGAUGGUGAUACCCCGGCAUCAAUAGCCAUACCAGAGACUGAAGAACACGUCGCUUCUGAUGUGCCGCCGCAGUCGCCGCAACAGCAGCAGCAGCAUACUCGUACGGGCUCAGAGACGGGUACCCAAGGAAAAUCUUUUUUGCUCGGUCCAGAAGAAUGCCCAGCGUCCCCCGUGUCGGCAUCAAGAGCUCCUCAGCCUCUCCCAGAUUUGAAUAUGGAAGCUGUGAAUUACAAUGAUGAGGGAGCUGCGCCGUUUCCCGCAGUCUCGCAGAGACGACGGGAAAGCCACAGCGCUGAACGUAGCAGCAGUCGACUAUCUGGCCGGCUAAGUCCUGCCCCGAAAGAGGCCCUGCGAGUGAAGCGCAGUAGUUCGCGUCUGAAGCGGUUGUCAGGCCCCCUUAGCCCUCGAAGUGAAUCUAGAUCCAGUGCGGCUGCCUCGCCCGAACCCGCGCAACAGGCUCAGCAGCAGGCCUAUCCUGCCGGUUACGAACGACCCGGAUCCGCAGAUUCAGUGGACGAUGCUGUUGAAUCGUACCUCUGUUCCCCACGUCUGUCUCAAAAGAUUCGACACCCUCAGACAGGUCGAGUCAUUUCCUUCUCAGAAGUCGGCGAUGCGAAUGGAUCAGCAGUUUUCUGCUGUGUUGGGAUGGGCUUGACAAGAUACAUCACCGCAUUUUACGAUGAGCUGGCAUUGACUUUGAAACUUCGACUCAUUACACCUGACCGGCCCGGAGUUGGUGAUAGUGAGCCCUAUGCCGAUGGAACAACGACUCCUUUGAGCUGGCCUGGUACGUAUCCUACUCACUUGUGUGAUAGAAGAGAGGUUCAAUUAUUGACUGGCGCAGAUGAUGUUUAUGCCAUUUGCCAAGCGUUAAAGAUUACCAAGUUCUCGAUUCUUGCUCAUUCGGCAGGCGCAAUUUAUGCUCUUGCAACGGCAUUGCGAAUGCCCCAGCAUAUCCGCGGACGAAUUCAUCUCUUGGCGCCAUGGAUUCCCCCAUCUCAGAUGAAUGUGUUUGGUGGAUCUCAAACGCUGCCCCCGACUAAUGCCAUUCCCACAUCGCAAAAGAUUUUGCGUGCUCUGCCAACACCUCUCCUGAAGGCGGCUAAUAGUAGCUUCAUGACGGCAACAAGUAGUUCCAUCACGAGCUCUUUGCCCAAGAAUCCACGUCGCGCUAAACGCAAGUCAAAUACUCACGGCAAAGACAACAACACUGGUAAUCGCAAUGCCAUGCAGAUGAACGACAAGGAGAACCUCAACAGCACCGCUCAAGGAAAAGACAAGCUAGAAGGAGGGCAAGCGGAGAAUGGGUUUGACUCUCCUAACAUGAGCGAGCAUAUGGACCAAAUUCAGCCAGUUGGGGGUAAUGGUGUGAAUGGAGGCUCGGUAAUGGCCGAAUCUACACUUGAUAUCAUGACAGACAAGGAACGACAAAUGACGUACGACACGCGCCUUACUCACGCUAUUUGGGAGCUGGCAACUACAGGAGCCAAUCCCGCCGUUGACCUUUUGGUGUGUCUGGAGAGAAGACACACGAUUGGAUUUCGCUACGUCGACAUCACACGGCCCGUGGUCAUUCAUCAUGGCAGCAGAGACACGCGCGUACCCGUUGAAAAUGUCAAAUGGCUCGGCAAGACGAUGCGUCGCUGCGAAGUGCGUGUUUUGGAAGGCGAAGGACACGGUUUGAUGGCCAGCGCAACGGUCAUGGGCUCAGUCUUGAUGGAAAUGAGCAAAGAGUGGGAAGAUUGGAUGCGCUUGACGGGCGCAGAUGGACGAAAAGACCGCGAGAGAGGACGGCGAGGGACGAUUGUUCGUUGA